AUGGGCCCCCUUCGAACGUUCAAUAUUUUAAGAGAUUAUGUCAAAAAUCUCAAGCCUAAUGUGGUGUUCCUUAUGGAGACAAGAAUGGAUAAGAGGAGAAUGGAAAGAGUUUGCAGAAAUUUAGAGAUGGAAGGGCUGUUCACGGUGGAUUGUGAGGGCAAAAGUGGUGGAUUGGCGUUGAUGUGGGGAAGUUCAGGUACGAAGGUAACCAUUCUGGGCUCCUCUAAAUUUCACAUCGACUGUUUUGUUGAGGAUGAGAAUCUUAAUAAGUGGAGGUAUACUGGGGUGUAUGGAAAUCCUGUUCAAGCUCAGAGGAUUCAUACAUGGACGUUGAUGAAUAGGCUUAGGGCUAUGUUUAAUGGCCCAUGGAUUUGUGGGGGAGACUUUAAUGAGAUCCUUAAAGAAGAGGAGAAGGAAGGAGGAGCCCCUAAAGCUGCCUCUUUGAUACGCAACUUUCAGGAAGCGUUGAAUGAUUGUGGUCUUGUUGAUGUGGGCUGCGGCGAUGGAGAAGUCACUUGGUGGGGAAAUAGAGGCUCUGGUGUUGUUAAAGAGAAGCUGGACAGGUUUGUGGUCAAUUCGGACUGGAACCUAAUUUAUCCAGACUGUGUAGUUAAGUAUCUGGAUUUUUGGGGCUCGGAUCACAGACCGAUAGUUUUAUGUGGGAAGCAGGAAAAUUGUGGUGACCGAGGAAAGAGGAAAAGGGGGAGUAGAUUUCACUUUGAAGAAGCUUGGGCUCUUAAAGCUGAAUUUACGGAGGUUGUGAAGAAAGAAUGGCAGAGGAACCCUAGUGGAGGGAGUGUGGUUGAUAUAUCUCAUAAGCUGAAAAGAUGCAGUGAUGUUUUCAAGAAAUGGGAUAAUCAUUCCAACAAAGGGAUGAAAAGGGAGAUAGCAGCGAGGAGAGAAAAGCUGAGAGUUUUGAUGAAUGCUCCUGCUGCUGAUUUUAAUUUUGAUAGAGUUAAAGAAAUGGAGAGGGACCUUGACUCUCUUUUGCAUGAGGAAGAGGUGAGAUGGAAGCAGAGAGCUAGAACAGAUUGGCUAGCUCACGGGGAUAAAAACACGAGAUACUUCCAGCUUAGAGCUACGAAACGUAGGGCGAGAAAUCAGAUUAAAGGCUUGCAAGAUGAACUGGGGAUUUGGAAGGAGGAACCAGCAGCCAUAGAAGGGAUUAUUCAGAGUUACUUUAAGUCCAUGUUUGAGUCUACUAAACCGAGUAGCGUGGAGAUAGAUGAAGUUUUGAAGCACGUCACAACAGAGGUUAGCGGAAGCAUGAAUGACACACUCUGUAAAAGAUUUGGGGAUGAAGAGAUAGUUAAAGCUCUGAAGGAUAUGGCCCCCACAAAGGCACCAGGCAAAGACGGUUUUCCAGCUCUGUUUUACCAGAGAUAUUGGCAGGUGGUGGGCAAGGAAAUCACUGAGGUUUGUCUCUUAAUCCUGAAUAGUGAGAUUGAAGUUAAUUGCAUUAAUGAGACGAUUAUUUCUCUUAUUCCCAAGAUUAAGAAUGCCAAAUGUAUGUCACAUUUUAGGCCUAUUAGCUUAUGCAAUGUGUUGUAUAAGAUUGUUUCUAAGGCUAUUGCUAAUAGACUUAGAAUGGUGUUAGACAGUAUUAUUGACAGUGCACAGAGUGCUGUCGUGCCUGGUAGACAGAUUAUUGAUAAUGCCCUGAUUGGUUUUGAGUGCAUUCAUGUGAUAAAGAAUUCUCGAAAGAAGAAAGAUGGGAUGAUGGCCUUAAAGCUAGACAUGUCUAAGGCCUACGACAGAGUCGAGUGGAUUUUUGUGGAACAAAUGAUGAGGAAGCUAGGGUUUAGAGAUCAAUGGAUUUCUAAAGUUAUGCGUUGUGUGUCUUCUGUUCAGUUUUCAUUUCUGUUAAAUGGGAGCGUUAAAGGAAAGAUCAGAGCUGAGAGAGGGUUGAGACAGGGGGAUCCGUUAUCCCCUUAUUUGUUUCUGAUUUGUGCACAGGGAUUAUCAAGCAUGAUCAACAGUGCAGUGAAUAAGAAGUUAAUUUCUGGAAUUAAGUUUGGGGAUGGGUGUCAUAUUUCUCACUUGUUUUUUGCUGAUGACAGCUUGUUGUUUUGUAAGGCUAAUUCCCAAGAGUGUAGUUUGAUUAAAGAGAUUUUGCAGGUGUAUAGCAAAGCAUCUGGCCAAGUUAUAAACAUGGAGAAAUCUGCUUUGUCGUUUGGAAAGGGAACCAGGCCUGAAACAAGAGAGGAAAUCAAAAGUAUCUUCAAUGUCCCAGAAGUUAAGUGUCAUGAGAAGUAUCUUGGUCUUCCAUCCUCUGUGGGAAGAUGCAAAGGUAACAGCUUUCAAUCCAUUAAAGAUAGAAUAUGGCAAAAACUUAAUGAUUGGAAAAGCUCCCUGUUCUCGGGUGGAGGUAAGGAUGUGUUGAUCAGAGCAGUUGUACAAGCUAUUCCUACUUAUUUUAUGAAUUGCUUUAAAUUCCCCAAAUCCCUUAUCGAUGCCAUUGAAAGACUUUGCAAUAAAUUUUGGUGGGGGAGUAGUGAUGUGGCUAAAAGAAUUCAUUGGGCUAAGUGGAAUUUGUUGUGUAGAUCUAAAUGUAAAGGUGGGUUGGGAUUUAGGGAUUUGGAGUGCUUUAACAAAAGUUUACUUGCUAAACAGGGGUGGAGGAUUCUGGAUCAACCAGAGAGUUUGAUGGCUAGAAUGUUUAAGGGUAGAUACUUUAAAAAUAGCUCCUUUUUGGAGGCUAAAUGCCCUAGGACUGCAUCUUAUACGUGGAAAAGUAUUAUGUGGGGUAGAGAAUUGCUUAGUGAGGGGCUGAGAUGGAGGAUUGGAACGGGGGAAAAUGUGCAUAUCUAUGGGGAUAAAUGGGUUCCUAUGGAAAAAUCCUUUAAAAUUCAGAGUUUGCCCGUUCUUGAUAUAGAUGCGCAUGUUGUUUCUCUUAUGAGGGUGCAGGGGUGUUGGAAUACUGAGCUAAUCCAUGCCUCUUUUUCUACAGAGGAGGCUGCAAGUAUAAUCAGCAUCCCUCUGGCGAGAACUAGACAGGCAGACAGAUGGAGGUGGCAUUAUGAUAAGAAGGGUAAGUUCACAGUGAGAAGUGGGUACCAUUUGGCAAUGGAGGUUAAAUAUAAUGCUUCAAGCUCUGAUUCUACAGGUGCUAUGAAAUGGUGGAAAGCUUUUUGGAAAAAUCCUGUCCCUCUGAAAGUCAAUGUGUUCCUGUGGAAGUGCUUUCAUAACUGGAUUCCAGUGAGGCUUAAUCUACAGAGAAGAGGUAUGUGUAUUGAUGUGUCUUGCCCAAAUUGUGGGACUGAUAUAGAAUCUAGUAUUCAUGCGUUAUGGUUCUGUAAUGAAGCUAAGUUGGUUUGGAAUUCCUGGCCUUCUUCUGCUUUGUUAAAACCUGGUAGAAGUUGGAGCCUCCAAGACUUUCUGGUUUCUGCUCAGUUAGUGUUGAGUAAAACUGAUUUUGCUGUUUUUGGUGUCAUUCUCUGGUUAGUUUGGCAUGCUAGGAACACCAAGCUAUUUGGUGGGGAUCAUAAACCCAGGGAUCAGGUAGUUCAGUGGGCCAUUACUUAUGUUGAUGACUUCAGAACAGCUAAUGAGAAGAAGACUAGUGGAGGGAUGCGAAGAGAAGUAGGCAGGGAGGCUGCUACUGAUAAUAGAUGGGUGCCUCCUAGAGGAAAUGUGUUUGCUGUUAAUGUUGAUGCUGGAUUUGCAGAAGAUACUUUCACUACGGGAGUGGUCAUUAGGGACUGGCGUGGAGAGGUUCUGACUGCAGAGUGUAGCAGGUAUGAAGGAAGACCAGGUGUGGAUGAAGGGGAAGCAUGUGCAAUCAGGGACGGCAUUAUUCUGGCAACAGAGACUAAUCUUACUCCUUUUGUGAUCAACUCUGACUCAAAAGUUGCAGUGGAUAGCUUCAACAACACUAAUCUGCCUUGUAAUAGUGUGGGUCUUAUUGCACAAGAUUGCCUUGAACUAGUUAAGAACAGAAACUGUAAUGGUUUUAUUCAUGUUAACAGGAACAGUAAUGUGGUGGCUCAUAUGCUUGCUAGGAAAGCUUUUUCUGCAAACCACAUUAGAUCUAGAUGGAUGGGGCAUGUCCCUCCUGAUAUUACUCGCUAUGUGUUGGCUGACCAUUCAGCUCUAGUUUGA